ACUUGGAUCUGACUACAUGUGAUGACAGACGGCCGCGAGCUUCGGGACAAUGACACGACUAUCGAUCGGGAGCAAGAGCUGGAGCGGAAAAGUCUGUUUUUCCACAUCACCUGUCCCGACACGGAGAGAGAAUAAAGGAGUGCAGGAGGCAAUAACCACCCAUGUCACUCUGUAUUUCACCAUCUCUAUAUACUGUGUAUAUCGGCCAUAACACUAUGACCACUGACUGCUGAAUCAAGCAUCACGGGCCCUAAUGGAGAUUUGAAAGCGGCCUGCUGAAGCGUUGGAGAGAGUAUGGUAAAACACCAACCGCUACAGUACUACGAGCCUCAGCUGUGCCUGUCAUGUCUGACUGGGAUCUACGGUUGCCGUUGGAAACGGUAUCAGCGGUCACAUGAUGACACCACUAAGUGGGAACUGCUAUGGUUUGCGAUCCUCACCUUCACCUUCUUCCUCACCCUCACCUGGUUUUAUUUCUGGUGGGAAGUUCACAAUGACUACAAUGAGUUCAACUGGUUUUUAUAUAAUAGAACAGGACACUGGGAUGACUGGUCCAUUCCAAUCCUUGUCACUACUGCUGCGGGAUUUACUUAUAUUACAGGACUCUUGAUAUUAGCACUAUGCCACAUCGCUGUGGGACAGCAAAUGAACAUACACUGGCUUCACAAGGCUUUCCUUGCUGCUGUUCUGGUCGCUACAGUUGUAGCUAUGUCGUCCAUAGAACAAAUGUGGGAGGAAGAAUGGAACGUCCUAUUCAUUUCCUUCCAGGCAACGGCUCCAUUUUUGCACAUUGGGGCCCUGGUUGCCAUUACUAUGCUGGCGUGGAUCAUCGCCGGCCAGUUUGCGCGGUCAGAAAGGGCCGUUUACCAGAUUUGUCUCAUCCUGGCAUAUUUGGCUGUAGUCAUUGCACUGUACCUCGUACCCCUCACUAUCUAUUCCCCAUGCAUCAUGGACCGGAAGGAUCUGGGGCCAAAACCCUUGAUCAUUGGCCAUCAAGGUGCACCAAUGCUUGCACCAGAAAACACAAUAUUGUCUUUUAAAAAGGCGUUAGAACAUAAAACUCACGGCCUGGAGGCAGAUGUCACGGUAAGCCAUGACGGAAUUCCAUUUCUCAUGCACGAUGGCACCCUCCGACGAACCACAAACAUCGAACGAGUCUUUCCUGAGUUGGCCUCAGAACCAUCAUCCAUGCUUAACUGGACCAUCCUUGAGAGAUUGAACGCUGGGGAUUGGUUUCUGAAGAACGACCCCUUCUGGACAGUCAGCUCUCUUCCUGCUGUUGACGUCACUGUGGCUGGGAACCAGUCCGUCUGCAGGCUAACUGAACUCUUGGAGUUGGUGAAGGAAACUAACACGUCCAUCCUACUGAAAGUCCACUCGGUCCCAUCUGACCAUCCUCACUAUGGGGAUUAUAUUAACAUUACUGUUAACACCGUCCUACAGUCUGGAAUUCCACAGCAGCAGGUUGUUUGGCUCUCUGACCACGAGAGAACAUUAGUCAGACAGCUGGCUCCAGGAUUCCAGCAGGCAUCCAGUGUGAAGAGAGAUCCACAAUACUUAAAGGACAGAUACAUCACCUUUGUUAACCUGAGGUAUACUGAGGUCGACCAAGAAGACAUCAGGGAAUACCAGUCACACAACCUAACUCUCAACACAUACGUCGUCAACGAACCCUGGCUGUUCUCGGUGCUGUGGUGUGCUGGGGUUCCGUCCGUUACCUCAGAUGCUUCACAUAUUCUUAGUAAGGUGCCUUCUCCUGUCUGGAUAUUGCCUCCAGAAGAAUAUUCUCUCAUUUGGAUCACUACAGACUUGAUCUCAUUCACUGUAAUUAUAGGCAUUUUUGUAUUACAGAAUUAUCACUUAAUCAGGUGGAGGCUGGGCAGUAUUCGGAGGUAUAAUCCUGAACAAAUCAUGCUAAGUGCUGCUGUGCGCAGAACAAGCCGGGACGUCCGGAUAAUGAAGGAAAAACUCAUCUUUUCAGUGCCAGCAUAUUCUACAGAACUGUGCAAAUCACAGUCAGAGCUGCCCCAAAUUGCCAAUACUCACACAGACCCGGAGGUGACAGAAAUCAACAACAGCAUGGACACAGCUGAAGAGCUCUCCUUGUGUUCAGAUAAUCGCUACGAUGGUUUUGCCAAUGACGCCAUCUCUCCAACCACAGAUUCGAAGACCAGCCCCAGCUAGGAGGUGGUAGAUGAUCGAAUCGAACAAAUGCUCUGCAGUUCUGGAACCUCCACUGACGUCUACAUUUUCCAAGAUGGGGAAAUUUUGUGGGACUACUACUAUGCCAGGAUAUUUUGUUUAUUUUUACAAUUUUUUUUUUCUGUUGUAUAAUCUUGGACUGUGACGUUGUAUAUAUGUAGAAAAUAAUUUUGAUCCCUUUUUUUUUUUUGCCCCUUUUUGUGUAUUUUGUGAGGUAGAACACAAGCGAGUUCUUGUGUAAAUUGUUGACUGAGCCGCAAGAAUGUUGAAAGUGCAGCCUGGUAUAGACGUGCGUUCUUCUAAUUAUCUGUGGUCUCCUCUGCUGCUCCUUAAAGUUACACAAUCCGGUGUAGAUAACUUUUUUUUUUUUAUUCCCUUUCUAUUGUUUUAAAGAGAGCCUGUCAUGACUGGGCGAAUGCAAACAUUUAAAUAUUCAGUCUUGAAGCUCAACUGAAGUUGCAAAAAUAGAUAUAUACUCAGAUGAGUUGCUCCAGGUGGGGCUUGUUUGCACCAUAGCACAUGUGUUAACGCACUGGUAUGCAUUUCUAAGUUGCACUGUAAUACGUUUUUUUUUUUAACCUGUUCUUUCCUCUUUUUUUUUUUUAACCCAAUAGUAUUACGUUAUAGUAUUAUUGCACUAUGUGAAAAUGCAAAAUGUAUAUCCCCCCCCCCCCCCCGCCGCAUACACCAGUGCACAUUGCCUUGUUCCUGUCCUGGGAUGUCCAAUGUUGCUGGUGUAAACAAGCCCAUGUAGAAGAUGUUCAGUGUGUCUAAAUAUGACUGUAGCAUCCACUAGAUACCAAAGUUAAUCCCCGCAACCUCCUUAACAGAUCUGGUCUAACCGAAUCCCACUCUUUUUCUGCCGGGAGGAAGCUUUAGCUAAGGGGUGUGGCUGGUACUCAGCUCUGUCGGCAUAGGGAGAAAAAGAAGCAGCAUUUUAACCUAAAAUUGGGGAGUGAGAUUGGGAGCAUGUCUAUAGGUUCUGAAGACUGGAAAUUUAGGUAAAGUGUGGCAGAGGCAAUAACAGUGCUGGGCCAGCUCCUUCAUGCUAUAACUUGACAAUGUGUAUAUCGUCUUACUGAGUUUUGCUUCUCAGGCCAGGAAGGCAGGGUUGCCUAAUUAAAUGUUUCACUAACUUUUAAGACUGAGUACCCACAUUCUUGCAUUAUCCCAUGUGUAACUGGCUGUCUUUAGAGAAUGGAUUCACGUUUUCCCUGUCAACUUGCCAGGGUUGGAUAUAAAAAAAAAAUCCACUUUUGAACAACAUCAAUUUAAAACCUAUGGAAAAAUAAAAACAAUCCUUCUUUUUUUUUUUUUUUUUUGUUACAACAAAUGUGAUACUAUAAUGUGGGAUGGUAAUAUAGACUUUCUAUUCGGGAAGUAAUCUUUACCUGUUUUUUUUUCAGGUUGUUUAAAUGUCAUAGCCCCUGCUUUCUGAGCUGGAAAGGGCAGAUACCUUGUCAUGCAAAAAUGUUUAGCAAAAGACACCUUUACAAACCUU